GUACAUACGUGUCAGAUAUCAGCAGUGUAAACGUCGCUUGUUUAGGGUUUGACAACUGAGCUGAGCUGAGUAAAAUUGAAAUGGCGUUCUUGCGACCGGUAUUUUUUCUUCUUUUGGCUGUUUUGCAGACGAUUCAAGCAUUCUAUGGCAUUGUUUCGGUGCAAUAUGGUGGUGAAGAAAGUAGUAGAGAAUACUGCAUCAUGUAUGACUCCAAACAAUACAAACUACCAACGAAGCUUGACCAGUCAGCAUACAAGCCCCUGGCUGACCUGACACCAUCUGUCCUAUGUGGCGACUCCAAGGUCUCUUCCUUGGAAGGUCGUGUCGCAGCUGUAAUGAGAGGCAAUUGUACCUUCACAGAGAAGGGUGUACAUGCACAGCAGGCUAAGGCAGAGGGUGUUCUAGUCAUUAGUGAGACAGGAGUGACUGCUCCAUCCUUCAAUGAAUCUGUCAAGAUUGAUAUACCUAUUGUUCUCCUAGAAGACAAAGACUUCCAAGACCUAACCAAUCAAGGUCCAAGUCCUGAGGUGGCCUUUUACAGCCCCGAACCACCGGAAUGGGACUACAACAUGAUAGUGAUCUGGCUAAUGGCUACUGGUACCGUGGCCAUUGGAGGUUUCUGGGCAGGACUCAUGGGUUACAAGCAACACAAGCGAGAAAAGAGACAUGAGAGACGGGAUGGCCAGGGUCACUACCAGAAUGUGAACAGCGGGGACUCCAGUGAAUCAGAUGAGGAGGAGAGUGAGGAGGCUGAAUCUGUGACUAUCACCCCUCCUAUCGUUAUCUGUUGGGUCCUCAUGGUCAUGGUUAUGCUACUUCUUCUAUUUUUCUUCUACAGCCCAGUCGUUUAUGUUGUGAUUGCCCUAUACUGCAUGGGAGCUUGGUCAGGCAUGCAUACUACAUUGCUACCUGCUGUAACAUUUGCUUUCCCUUGUAAAGAAAGACUGCCCCUUAUUCCUGUGUUCCAGAAGCGUCCUACUGUCAUAAGCGCCAUACUAUGGCUUGGCUGUGGAGCGUUCGUCCUUACAUGGUUCUUCUAUCGUAAGGAGUCAUUUGCCUGGAUCUUACUGGAUCUCUUAGGCAUAUGCUUCUGUAUCAGUGUACUCAAGGUGGUUCGUCUGCCAAACUUCAAAACAUGUGUUCUCCUUCUAUCACUCCUGUUUGUCUACGAUGUCUUCUUUGUUUUCAUCACUCCUCAUUUUACAAAGACUGGAGAGAGUGUGAUGGUUAAAGUAGCCACUGGUGGCGAGUCAGCUUCAGAACAGAUUCCUGUCCUGCUGACUGUGCCGCGUCUCUGCCACUCAGCAUUCUCUGUGUGCAAUGUUUACUCCAUGCUAGGAUUUGGAGACAUUCUUGUACCAGGCUUGCUUGUUGGUUUCUGCCACACCUUUGAUCUCAAGGUCAAAUCCCCUAGGAUCUAUUACAUCACAUCAGUUCUUGCAUAUGGUGUAGGACUGGUCAUCACUUUCGUAGCCCUCAUCCUAAUGCAGACCGGUCAGCCUGCUCUUCUGUACCUGGUACCCUGCACGGUGCUGUCUACCCUAGCCGUAGCGGUGUGCCGUAAGGAGCUCUCUGAGCUCUGGAACGGUGGUCCGAAAGUGAGACAAGAGACGGAUUCUCGCCCACCAUCAUCAGCAACGCUACAGUCUACAGAUGGAGGACACGUGAACGAGGCCAUCUCAGAGGAGAAUUUAUCUACUCCUACUCCUCAAAACCAAGAUCAUAUAGAAAGCUCCCAAAAGUGAACAGUUGUAUGUCAUGUGUGGGAAAGCUAUCUGGAUUCUGGUUACGCUUCAUUUAUUUUCUCACUUUGUAGUAUUAAGCAGGGAGGUUAGGGAGUGCUCAAUAUUAAAUGUAAAGUAGGUUGCUUGAGCAUAUGAGGCUGUUGAUAUGUGUACAUGAAAGACGUAAUGCAAUGGAUGAGAGAAUGAAAGAUGAGUAUAUGUACUUUGAUCCUCUCUUGAAGUGAUUUAUGAAAUUAAUCUUAAACACUGUAAAAAAAAGUUUCUGUUUUAUGGUUAUGAGGUUGUUAGGCCUCGCCACACCUAUUGUUUUUCAUACAGAUUAGAAGAUUUUUAUAUCUUGAUAAAUGUGUAUCUAUUGGUUCUGACAGUAUUGGUUUCAUUUGGAAAUGCAUAUGUUCCAGUUAAAAUUUUAACCAAAAGAAAGAUUAAAUAGAUUGUUGGGACAUUUUUUCAUUCAAAUCGUAUGAUGUAGUGAACAACAUAUUUUCUAUAUUUACUUAUGGAAUCUUUUUAAUGUGUUUGUAUCAAUGUAUAAUGUCAUGAUAAUGAUUUAUUUUAUUGAUUGAAGGGACAUACACAUACUGUAUUUACAUGUACGCAGAUUUUCAUUGAUACAACUCGUAGGAUAGCUGUGUGAUGUCAAUUUCACAUGUUUUUUUUUUGUCUGUUAAGUUGUACAGAAAGAUUUGCAUCUUAGCAUUGAUAAAGAACCCAGUGGGCUUGCACAUAAUAGUUCUCAAGUUUUUAAUUUAUCUUCUGAAAUAUCUUAGUAUCCUAAGUGUUCAGAAAAUUAUGUUAUAAAGAACGUAUAAAAACAUUGGCUAAAUGUUUACUGCUGACUUAAGUGUUACUAGUUGAUAUUGUUGUACAAGAAGUGGUCGUUUCAUAAAUUGAGAUUUCAGAUUUAUUCAAUAUUUUCUCUCUCAUAUGUGAAUAAUAUUAAUUGGUAAAUUUACAUCAGAAACAAAGAAGUGAUUUAAUUAGAACACUUUUUUUACAUUAUAUAAAAUGGAUCUAUUUAGGUCUAUUCCCCCCCCCCCUCCCCCAUUUUGACACAUUUAUUGUACCAAUUUCCAAUGAGGGCAGGGGAAGAGAAUCACAACUUGAAAUUAUAUGCAUAUUUUAUGAUUUGUGCUUCUUUGUUUAUUUUUAUAAGUGCAAUGUAAAUAGUAUGUGUGAGGAUACAGUAUUCAUUUGUUUAAGAAGAAUAAGCAGAUAAAUAUAGAUAUGUAAAUAUUGCAGUAUGUAAAUUUAAACAUGACCUAGUUUGAAAUUCAUAUGUUAGUAGUUUUACUCUUCAUUUUAACUUAUAUUCACUUAAUAUGCAUACUAAAAGAGAGCACUUGUGGUAUUUUUUACUUGAAAUUGGCCCACCGGUAUACUAUGCCUAAAACACAAAAAAAUUGGACUUAUUAUAAAGAUAAGAGAUAUUUGAAAAUACGGUAUCAUUAUGUAUCCUUUCUCAGCAUAUAUUCCAUACAAAAGAUAAUACACAACAAAUAUGAAAAGAAUUGUAUAGAUUGUCAUAGAAAUGCAAACUGUCACUCUCACUGAUACAUGGUAUACAAAAUGAGAACAAAGAUUGAAGUGCACAUCAAUGACUUACAAAGAAAAAGAUAUAUUUUCAUGGCAAAGGUGUGUGUGGUUAACGUUAUCUUUGUUUAGAUUGUAUUAUUGAAUAGCCUGAAAAGUUAUACAAGUUUACCAAAUAAACUUUUGUCCAAUGAUAGCAUUUUACGUAGCAUGUGCUGAGAAAGGAUAAAUUACAGGGAAAAUGUGUUUCUUUAUUGUCAUUUUUAGAAGCAUAAUUUUAAUUAGUGUCCCUUCAGAUGAUUCUUUUUUAUAUAUAUAUUCUAUGUAUUUGCAGUUUGCUAGUUAAACCUCUACCCCUUGUUCUUAACAUAUAUUUACUUAAUGAAAAUAACAAGAGUUGAACCAUGUUAAUAUGAUCUUUCAUUUUUUUUAAACAUGGUUUUAUUCUAUGGUAUGUGCAGAUGAUUUCUUAUGGAAAAAAUAACGGCUUUACAAAUUCUUUUUAAUCUAGCAUGUUUAUAAUGAGAGGAAAAUUGAUUCAUCAAUCAAAAUGUAACUAAAUAUGAAGUCUAAUACAGUUAAAGAGAUGUUCAGGAAGAUUACAUUGUUGUCCUUUUUUGGUUUGCAUGCUGGUGAUUCUUGCAAAUAAAGAUGCAUAAAAUUCCAUUUUCAAUUGGAAACCUUGA